AUGGAAGCGAACAACAAAGCUCCUGCUAAGACUCUUGCCAUCCAGAAGCCAGAGGUGACUGAAGAACAGUCCUCUGGCGACGAGGAAAUAUUGAUGGGUGGCGAGAGUCCGAAGACCGAGAUCAAGAUCCCAGAUCUCGAUCACAAGCAAACGGCAAAGAAAACGGGUCCACGAGCUACUCCUCGAGAGCUACGUUUAAUCAAGACCAGCCACAAGUAUUUGAAGCAGCUGGAGGAGUCAAACGUAGCUCUCGAGGAACUAAAGCUCAAGCUGGCUGAAAAAGUAGAGGAAGCGAAAGGUAAAGAGCUCUACAUCAGCCAGCUUGAGUAUAAAGUUGACUCUUAUGCCAACGAGAUCUGCGAUCUUCGAUCUCGUCUCAACCGUGUGGGACAUGAGUCAGACAGCUGGCAUGAAAGGUUCCUUAAGGCUGACACAUCCUACCAUGAAUUAAAGCGCGCCAUAAGGAACUUAGCCACUGGCUUCUGA